UUGGUUCUUAAAUCCUUUUCUACACGUUGUUAUAAGAGGGCCUCCCCAUGCUUCUUGCUCGUUUCUGGAGGAAGUGGGAGGUUUAUUUUCAUUUGAGGUUAAAUCCUUCGCGUGUUGGUCCUGAAGGGUUUUACAUUGCAUUUCUAGCGGAAUGCACGUUGUUAUUGCUUGAAAUACUCUAAGAAAAAAGUUACCUAUGUAUCAACUCCCUUCUGAAGUCAUGGGGGCAGUUUUGUUAAUGUCUUAGUUUCUUAGAGAUCCACCUGCCAAAAACUCUUAAUAAAUUACUUUAAAAUGUAAGUGUGAAGUGUAGUAUUCUCUCACUGUAUAUGUAAUACAUGACAUUGACCUUUCCUUGAAGCAAUUGCUUUGCAUCUUUGUUAAGAGUCUUGGGAGUAAGACAGAAGUGAUUUUAUUAGCGCAAAUAUGUUUUGUAAAGUUCUUGUAAGAAGCACUGGAAGAACAAGUGAAGUUCCUGCAAUAAGCACUAAGGGUUUGCUGGUUUUAUUUGUGCUUUUCAUGAAUUUCUGAAACUAAUGAGGAAAUCUGAUGAAAUGAUGAAUAUUUUCCCAGAGUGAAAGAGGUCUUGUGUACACAUGCUGCACCAAUGUGCUUCCAUUAAACAUAUGUGUAAGUUGAAAUCUUUGUCAGCUAGAUAUUAGAUGUAUAAAAAAAGAAUAGAUCUAGUAUAUUUCUGUAUGCCUGCUAUGUUUCUGUGUCCGGAUCUGAGAUGACAAAGCUUGUUUUUGUUUCAAACACUACUUUGUAUCCUUCUCACCUUGCUGGUGUUGAUUGAGGAGUGCAGGAGCUCACAGUGUCGAUAGCCUGGUCCAGCCAUGCACCAUGGCUUGUUCACUACUAUGCUGCUGAUAUGUUCUAGACGUGUUUUUACUGUGACCGCAGUGUGAGCACUAGCAUAAUAUGAUAUUAGAGCCUUCCUGAGUUGAAAAUAGGGGCCGUGUUUGUGGCCUUAUGUGAGGUCAGUGCUGUGUAGUUGUAUUUUCGACAGAUGUGGUUAUGCUGUAUCUAAGUAGUUACAUGACCUUUACAGAUGGGAAUUUUUCCUGUCCUUCCACCCUGCCAAAGGUUGUUUCCCCUCCCCCUGCCCCCAGUAGAGUUUAUAUAUUUAGUUUUAUUGUACUGCGAUGGGGGGGGGGAGGGAAGGAACUACAAGCAGAAGAACCAAGCCAGCUCUGCUACUAUAAGCAGCAUUUCCUUAAAAUACCCUUUUGGUGCCCACAAAACUUAGAAAUGUGGGUGAGUGCGUAGUCCUGAGUUGAAGAUCUUGGUAGGUGUUGUGGGUGUGUUGUUAUUCUCCUUGGGCAUUGCCUGAUGAGUAAGUUCUCAGAGGUUUGCUAGUAUAAUUCCACAUCACUAUCAGGAUAAAGCCUACAUAACUGCAGUUAUGUUUUAUGCAUAAUGUGGCUCUAAUGGUCAAUGACUGUGUCUUUUCAUGCUGUGUUAGAUUUACAAUAAGUCUAAUGGGUAGUGCUUUUUAAUGUAGAUGUAGCAGUGGGAGAGCAAAAGUGUGGCAUCCCUAAGUAAUAGAUACAGUCCAGGUAUAAUUGCUUUUGUGAUGCUGUAGUUCAUUCUGUCCAGAAGGCUGGGAUCAUUUAUUACAGCAGUUCUGUUGGAAUAGACUCCACUUCUGCUUGAAAAGCUAUUUUUGUAUGGUGACAUACUGUGUACAGAGCAAGCAUGGAGAUUGUCUGAAGAAACAGACAUGCUUUGUAUUCAGACAGUAAAGGAAAACCUGCACAAUUCCUAAACUGAACUGGUGUGCAUUGCAACCUGCAGCUGCUUGAGUUGGGAAGCUGAAAUAACAAUGUUGGUAAAGCCCUUGGAUCAGUAUAAAAGUGUGAACACUGUGACCUUAACUGAUAGAUUUUUUUUUUCCUAGAUCUUGUAAUUAAAUGAACUCAUGGCUCUCUGUUUUUUUUUAAUGUUCUUUUACCUGUGUUUUCAUUGUGGAAAAAAGCAUCUGCCGUGUCUGUUUUAAUGGAUGAAAAAUAUUUGUUGGGGAAAAAAUAAAAAGUAACUGUUUACCAGUGCAUGUGGCUGUCAGUUUAAUUCCCUUAACUUCUUUACUUACAGCAGUUUUAAAAUGUUGAGGAGCUUCUUCUGGUUUUCCUUUUGAGUAAGGGGAGUGUUCACCAAAAGGGAAAGAAAGUGGGCAAAUCUCUGUCAAAACUUGAUACAAAAGCAUUUCUUUUGGUAGUAGUGCUGUGGAAGAGUGGAGAUGGCAGUUCAUUAAUGCCCUCCCCUAAUUCAACUUCACGGCAGGAGACUGAUGGUUGUGGUAGGGACUCCUGGGUGAAACUCAUAGUAACUUUCCUGUGAACUUGUUCUGGCUAUGGAAUUUUAAAAUCUGAUAUUGAAGCUCAAGUUUGAGUUGUUUUCUACCAUAGAAAAUCUUGUCCCCACUGAAGUAGGUGUUAGAAUCUCCCUUGGUUUUGACAAGGGAAGGCUGGCCAUGUGAUCAAUGUGGUGUUCGGGGCAGCGUUAUGAAGUGCUCUGCUGGAUUUGUUACUCAUGUUGAUUUAUCAUAUUCAAUUUCAGUUAAUUUCCCAAACAUAUUAACAGAAAGGUUGAGCUGGGCAUUCAACCAGUGAGUGAACGAGGGUCAGUGAGUACCCUGAGCUCUAGGCUAUGAGUUACUCUGGAUUUUCUCCAUGGGAUUUUGAGAAUGAAAGCUCUCAGGUUAAAGUAUUGCCAGGAUAUAGUGUUGCCAUGAAAAGCUUGUAGGAAAAUAUUCUAUUGAGUAAGUAAAGAAUUCAAUUCUGAACUUGAGUAUCUGAGGGAAAGCAGAUUUUAGUGAUCUGCACUGAGGAUUCAUAGUCAGAGCACUGGACUGUGACUGGAUUAACUUUCUUUAUCAUAUGUGCUAUUAAUAACUGUAGUGAAUGUUUCCAUCUUUUAUAAAUAAAAUAUGGCUGUAGUGUUUGGAAGCUUUGUAUCUUAAGGUGCCUGCCAAACUCAAAUUGAGACUAAUUUUUUGUGGUAUAUUUAUAGGAAAUGAAGUUUAAGGGAUGAAUGAGCAACUUAUUGUAGGUUGUUUGAGCUCUAGUGUAUGUUUUUUAUUUGCCCUUCUCUAUGUGGAACUGGUAUGUAACUAUUAUAUGUAGACUCUACCUGUCCUUUCAGGUGUUCAUCACCUGCCAGAUCUGACACACAGUGCAGAUGCAUACUUUUGUACAGGUUAUGUGUUUCAUCACAGGUAGUGCUUCUGCAUUGUGCUGCUUGCUUUUUAUCUAACCCCCGAGUAAUUCCCAUUUUUGUGGUGUAGUUUUAGCACAGAGAGAGGUUUUGUGUUGUUCUGGAUGUUUGAAUUGCACAUUUCCUCCCAUACUGUCACAUACAGAAAGCCAGUACUGAUGCUUUAGAUUCCGAAUUCCACAGCUAAUUUCAAGUGCUCUAAGUUCAUCUUAAAAGAUGAAGAUUUUCAAUACAGAUAAUAAUUCACGCUUGCAGAAUGCAUCGUGUUGGGUUAGGAUCCCAGAUUUCUUAGAGUGAGGGUUCAAAACUAUACACAGUAUUUCAGAUGGAACCUCGGAAGAACUCUUAUUGCUCUGUGGCAAGUCAAGACCAGGCCAAGAAGCUCAUUCAAACUGAAGCAGAUCAGUGUAUUUUGUCAGAUAAAGUUUGUGCUAGUUCAAAGCCUGGAGCUGAUGUGGGGAAGGUGGACGGGAGAGCUUCAGGGCUCCAUGUUGGUCUGUGCUGCAAUUAGCUUGGACUGUUGGAAGGAGGACGGAGGGCCUCUGAGUAGCAGUGCCUCAGAGGAUUGGCCUACAUAGCUGGUAGUUCCUUGCCAGCUUAAUGGCUUUUGCUCUCUCUUAUAAUGUGUUUGGGAUUGUGCAAUAAAGGGUAGUCUGGUUAUUUCCCAGCAAUUAGUAGGGCUGUUGUUACAGAUAAACAGUGUGCCUUCUCCAGGUCCCAUGAGGCAAGUUUCAGGAUGUAUCAGUUGGGUAGUGACUAUUAGUUAGGAUUUGCACUUGGUAAAUGCACUGGCAGGGCUGAGUGUGAAAAACUGAGUGUUGUAUUUAAAUUAAAAUACACUGUUGAACUGUACUGAUGAUAAUGAUCUAUGGUCGGGUACCGCCUGGCAGCUGCCUGUGAGGCUGUGUGGACAUUCCCCCCAGCUGUCUCUCUCAGUGCGAUACACUGCUAGGCCCUGCCAGGCCUCAUGCCCCUGCCCAUGGUGGGCUAAGGCUGUUACACAUACAAAUGAUAAUCUCUGUCAAGAUCACGUGUUGCUCAAGUGGCCCUCUAUUAAAGGAGGACCGAAGGGAUAGCUGUACAAGAAUUUAUCUUGGUUGUGCACCUGUUCUGUUGCUGUCCUGAAGUCAACAGAACACAAAUCAUCAUUGAAAAUUGGCAUCAGUUAAAAAAGAACUAAAUGUGCAAUUAUGUGGUUUAGGUAGCCCUUGGGUACAUGUGGUGAAAUGCAAACAGAAUUCAUUCUAAAUAGUUAGUGAGCUCGUGUGGCUUGGUUGUGAACCUGACUUUUCCCUCACAGACCACAUACCUAUGAGUGGUGUUCCAUCUGCGUGAUGGUCCUGUGGUAUUUCUCAGACGCGCUGCCAUCUUGCGUUACAUCAGUGUGGUGUUACACAACCUUUGCCGGGGGGAUGUUGAGGUGGUAGUGAUGUAUUCUUUUUGUUUACUUGUGGUUUUCAAGGUGUUGAGAGCGCAGCAGCCUCUUCAGCUGAAUAUAAGAAUAUAAGCUGCUGUAAGAUUUCUGCUAGUGAUGGCAAGAAUUCUGGUAGAGCUCAUUAGGUGUGCUCCAGGGAAGACUGCUUGUUACUCAUGGAGUUUAUGAAAAUGUUUCUGUUUUCUUCAUUUUUGUCCUUAUAGUCUUGUAGACUGGUAGGAGCUUACAGUAAGUUGGGUAGAUUUUUCUUGUGUAUAGAAUGAGGAAGAACAUAGCGAUACAUGUUUCUAAUCCGAUGAGCAGUAUGUUUAGCAGUAAGGCUGAAUAGUAGGAAGUAUGUAUUACCAUUAAGAUUAUUUUUCUCCUUGGCAUUUUCUUGUAUAUAUAUUUAUAUAUCUUUUUCCUCUUGCAAUUUUUAUACACGUGAGUUUUCAAGAGUUUGGUGAACUCAGCAAAUUCAUCUCAUUUGUGUUGGUAGUUACAAUACCCAUUGGAAUAGUGGUUGAACAAAGUUCUGUGUGGUUGCUUGGACUUUGCCGCAAUGGUAAGCCUUUAUUAUAUGGUUACAGAGAGUGUUUGGUUUGGUAAAGUGAGGGAGUUGUACUGAUUUCAAGUGGCAGUGUUAGUGUUACCAUAGUGAUAUGCAAUGGGGAUUUUAAAAGUAGGUGUGCAGCGUGGGGAAAAAAUCUUCUCCAUUUAGCUGGGAGUCUUUAGAACCUGCUUUUGAGAGCUGUAUAUGCUGCAUAAGGAAAUAAUAGCUUCCUGUAAGAAGUGUUAACAGUGCCAUUAAAGCGGAAUGCUGAUCACUUACUGAUUUGUUCUUACUAAUGCACAUCUACAUCUAAAUUCAGCCACAUCAUAAAAUGUCUUGUAAUUUGCUUAGCAUUCAGUUGUUAGAGCAGCAUUUAUGCUGCUGGUUUGCAGCAGCCAGCAGGUGUGCGGCUGAAUCAUGGGAGGGAGUGUUUUCCUUAAAGUGCAGAGUCAGCUGAUGAAUGCUGAUUUUUUUUCUAGUAGUUGUCUGUAGCCAUGGUCUGCUUUCCUGUUCUGCGAAGCAUCCUUGCAGUGAGGAAUGCAACCAAUAAACAUGGGGCUGCACAACGUAAGGGCUGGGGUAUUUUUUGUUAACAUGAGGUAGAAGCUGGCUUCAAAAUCACUGAGGUAUAGAAAGAGAUUACAGAAUCAGGGGGCGAUUGAGGUGGAAGGGACCUCUGGGAAUGCUUUGCCCAGUGCCCUGCUGGCAGGAGGACCAGCUGCAUCAGCUGGGUUGGGGCACCUCUGGAGACAAAUAUCCCACAGCCUCACUGGGCAGCCUGCACCACUGGUUGACAGCCUCAGAGGGAAAUAACUUCAUUUCUUAAGUUUAAGCGGAAGCAUGUUGUAUCCCUUGCCUCUUUUACUGGAUACCACUGACAAAAAUUUGGCUUUCUUCCUUAUGUCCUUCCAUCAGGCAUUUCUACCCAUUGCUAAGAUCGCCCCCGAGCCUUCUGUUCUUCUGAUUGAAGAGUCGCAGUGCUUUCAGCCGCCUGUGAGACAGGUCCCUUCAUUUCAAUCACUGUGAACUGUCACGAGAGCCCACAGAACAAUGUGUGUAGAGAUGGUCAGGGGGAGUAAUUUUCUGUUUUGACAUAAGUAAGAGAUUGGCUUCAAUUCGUUUUAAUCUAACUAGAAUUAUUGAGUGUUAAUUAUGGUGUUAGAAUUUUAAGGGGAGCUGAGAAAAACACAGGCAUGGCAGGCAGAGGAAUCAGUUUGAUUUGAUUAUAUGAUAUUGUAUGGAUGAUAUUGGAUAACUGAAUGGAUGUCAGGGUAUAAAGAGGUAUGGGAGAUGCUAUCAUCAGUUGAUGAGUUGGGGUCUCUGCAGGGAGUAAGGGAAGAUAAAGAGAUUGUGAGAGUUACUGAAAGGAAGUGGAGAAGAUGUUAAAGUCUUUGAUGAGAUCUGGAGAGUUACAGUAAAUGGGAGAGCCAGGGUCGUGCAGAUGGAAGCUUCAAAGGAACAGCAAUCAGGAAGAAAUGAGGGAGCGUAUUUGUUACAGUUGUCAUGGAUGAUGACGAUGAUGAAUCCUGUCUCCUUGAUCUUAUUGGGGACCCGCAGGCACUGAAUUAUUUUCUGCAUGGACCUAGUACUAAAUCUAGCAACGAAGACUUGACAAACACAGAAUAUUCUGUAGCCAACUCAAAUUCCAUUUUCGCCAACUCCAAUAACACUGAUCCUAAGUCGUCCGUAAAAGGUGUAAGCAGUCAGCUUGGAGAGGGGCCUAGCGAUGGACUGCAGCUGUCCAGUAGCCUUCAAUUUCUUGAAGAUGAACUUGUGUCUUCUCCUUUACCUGAUCUUAGUGAGGAUCAGCCUUUUGAUAUUCUUCAGAAGUCCUUGCAGGAGGCCAAUAUUACUGAACAGACUUUGGCAGAAGAGGCAUAUUUGGAUGCCAGUGUAGGUUCCAGUCAACAGUUUGCACAAGCUCAGCUUCAUCCUUCUUCAUCAGCAUCCUUUACUCAGGCUUCUAAUGUUUCUAAUUACUCAGGUCAGACGUUGCAACCUAUAGGAGUUACUCAAGUGGUACAGCAACCUGUUGGAGCAUCUUUUGCAAGCAAUACAGUCGGCGUACAACAUGGCUUUAUGCAACAUGUCGGAAUUAGUGUUCCCAGCCAGCAUUUGUCUAAUAGCAACCAGAUUAGUGGUUCUGGGCAGAUACAGCUAAUUGGUUCAUUUAGUAAUCAGCCUUCCAUGAUGACCAUUAAUAACCUUGAUGGAUCUCAGAUAAUACUGAAGGGUAAUGGUCAGCAGACGCCUGCGAACAUGAGCAGUAGCCUCUUGGUUCAUAGACAAACUCCAAAUGGUAACUCACUGUUUGGGAACUCAAAUACAAGUCCUGUAGCACAACCUGUAACAGUUCCGUUUAACAGCACAAAUUUUCAGACAUCUGUACCUGUCCAUAAUAUCAUAAUUCAAAGAGGUUUAGCACCAAACUCUAACAAAGUACCUGUUAAUAUCCAACCAAAGCCUGUCCAGAUGGGUCAGCAAUCUGCAUACAAUGUGAAUAACUUGGGAAUACAGCAACAUCACGUACAGCAAGGGAUUCCCUUUGCUUCUGCAAGCUCACCUCAGAGUUCAGUAGUUGGUCCUCAUAUGUCUGUUAACAUCGUUAAUCAACAAAAUACAAGAAAAUCAGUUACGCCUCAGACAGUUAGUAAUGCUGGAGGUAGUAUUGUUAUCCAUUCUCCUAUGGGACAGCCUCAUGCACCUCAAAACCAGUUUCUCAUACCUACAAGUUUGUCUGUUAAUUCAAACUCGGUUCAUCAUGUCCAGGCCAUAAAUGGACAGCUUCUUCAGACACAGCCUUCCCAGUUGGUUCCUAGCCAAGUGUCUGCUGAGCAUGUAAUGCUCAACAGGAACUCUACAAACAUGCUGAGAGCCAACCAGUCGUAUUCUGGACAGAUGCUGAAUAAUCAGAACACAGCUGUUCAGCUUGUUUCUGGCCAGACCUUCACAGCUCCUGGAAACCAAGUUAUAGUAAAUCAUGGAACUUCACAAAUCGUUGGUGGACAGGUGCCACUGCAGCAGGCAUCACCGACGGUGUUGCAUUUGUCACCCAGUCAAGCUAAUGCUUCUCAAGGUAGAUCAAAUUUUACGACAAUGUCACCUGGGCAGUCUGCAGUCUCAAAUAUGUCAGCUUCUAAUCGAUUCGCUGUUGUAAGUUCUUCUGGUUCAGUACAUCCUAGCUUGGGACCUUCAGUUCAGUCUGUCGCAUCCGGAGGAAACUUUACUGGAGAUCAGCUGACACAGAACAGGACUCAAGUUCCCGUCAGUGCAUCGCAUCGUCUUCCAGCAUCCUCUUCCAAAUCCAUCAGCACCUUUAGUCACACGUCCGUUGGAGUAACACAGCAACAAUUCGCCUUCAGUCAGAAGAAAGCUAUGAACCAGACAUCGCCAGUUUCUGCAUCAAAGGCUCAAGAUAAUUUGAGACAACAUCAACUAUCAAGUCUUCUGAGCAACACGCUGCCAGGGCAGGACUCUGGAGGAAAAAUCAUACAGCAAUCUCUUGGAACAACGCAAGAAAAAGGAGUAGGAUCAUCUUCAGUUCAGUGUAUACAGGUGGAUGGUCAUUUAGUUGGACAGAAACGACCUGCUGCUAAACAGUUAACUAAAGGAGCUUUUAUGCUACAGCAGUUACAGAAGGAUCAGAUGCAAGCUGUGACCCCAGAUAAAAGUCAGUUCAGAUCAUUAAAUGAUGCAGUUCAGAGACUCCUUUCAUAUCAUGUGUGCCAGGGGUCGAUGCCAACUGAGGAAGACUUAAGAAAAGUGGAUGGUGAAUUUGAAUCUGUAGCUACACAGCUGUUGAAGAGGACACAAGCUAUGCUGAACAAAUACAGAUGUUUACUUAUAGAAGAUGCAAUGCGGAUAAAUCCAUCUGCAGAAAUGGUUAUGAUCGAUAGGAUGUUUAACCAGGAAGAGCGAGCAUCUCUGACCCGGGAGAAGCGUCUUGCACUAGUGGAUCCUGAUGGUUAUCAGGCUGAUUUUUGUUGUUCUGCCAAACAAUUUGAUAAAACAGCUGAUGAAGCACAGACCAGCAGAAGUGACCAUCAGUCUAGCAAAACAUUACCUUCUCGAAGUCAGACUACCAAAACACAAGCCAGAGACCGACCAAAACCCGGCUCAGCAGAGUCCACAAAUCACAAUAAACUUCCUCUAGUGCCUAACAACAUUUUGACAUCACAAGAAGGAACUACUAAAAAAUCAGAGAGCCUCACUAAAGCUUUAAAGUUUGAGAAAGCUAAUUGUUCUUCUGGGAGCCAAUACAAGGCUAUUUCUGAAGAAAAGAUGGUUGGUAAAAUUUUUACCAAGUCAGCUGAGAAUUCUUUGAAUUCUGAAGACUUCUCCAAAACUGUAUCAAGAGGCAAUCAUGGAACACACAAUAAAAUAUCAAGGAAUACAGUCCAAUCUUUCUCCAAGGUAACAUGUAAUAAUUCCUUCAAAGACAAAACUCUGAGGAGCCCUCCAAAGAAUGAGGUUUUACAUCCUGAUAACAUGAAAGGCUCCAGUGAACCCCAGCAAGACUUACUGCUGAGUAAGAGUUUAGAAACGACAUUUAAGAAUAUCUUGGAACUUAAAAAAACUGGGAGACCGACACAAAAUGAGGCAUCCAGUAGUGGCUCUGUUGACUUAGAAUUUCCUAAUUUUUCACCUCUUGCUUCACAGGAAAACUGCUUGGAAAAAUUUAUUCCAGAUCACAGUGAAGGUGUAGAAACUGACUCUAUUUUAGAAGCAGCUGUAAAUAGUAUCUUAGAGUGUUAAUAGUUACAAUUCCCUGGAAAAGUUAUGUUUCUCUUAGCAGAAGCAAAUGUGAAUGACACCACAAGUACAGCCUGACAUACAUUUAAGGUUAACCUUUCUAAACUAGAUUCUGUUCUGUGUUUGAGAGCAAUACUCAUUGUGGUUACAGUGAGAUAGCCAAGUAAAUUUAAUCCUUGUUAGAAUGCAGUCUGUUAGGGCCUUACUAUUUCAAGUAUUAUUAUGAUAGUGCUUUUGAUAAUUGUGCAGUCCUGCAGCAUAACAAGGUUGCAGGUCGUUAGGCCCUGUGUAAUAUGGUAAUAUACUGACAAUCACAGUCAUUUGAAAGGAUAUAUUUAUUAAGAAAACGUUUUUUUUAAAGGUGAUGGAAGCAACAAUUCUCCCCUACCCUUUUCCACAAAUCAUUGGAUUUUUAAGUUGUUCUGGAAAACCCACUGUACCUCUAUUCAGAAGUGAUAAUUUGCUUUGUAAUGAAAUCUGUGUUCUAGGAGUCUUAAGUUGGAAGGAUGUCAUCACUGUGUUAACAAGGUUUCAUAAGUUGAACUUAAAGUGCUUUUCUAUUGCUUUUUGAGCAGAAACUAGUCCUUGAUAUAUUUGUAGUGGGUGAGUUUAGUCUGUGAGAUGAUAUUAUAUGGUCUUAGUCACAGUGGCAUGAUAUGAAGUAAUAAAUGCUUGACUAAGGAAGGUAGAUUGGAAGCCAGUAAGUGGCUUCUUGUGUACAGGUUGAGGCCAUGAUAGAGCCAUGAAUUUAUAUAUAUAUUACAUAUAUAUUAACUCUUCUUCAAGAGAUAUUGCAUUUUAUAAUUGGAUGUAGUCAGCCUUGAGUCUUUCUGAAGUGGUAUAAUUUUGUUACUGUUUUUUUUUUCUUUGAUUUUUUUUCAACUUUUUUUAUUUUUAGACCGAGUGUCAAAAGCACUUUUAUUUGAAAGCUGUUAAGAUAUUUGUAGCUUAUAUUUUAAGAGGACAUUAGCCUUACUUGGAAAGAAAUUUAAAGGCCAGUGUUUAUUUUUUGAUUUUAUUAUUUUUUUUUGCUAUCAGAGAAUGUUGAAGCAUCCACUGUAGCAGUCAUAAUUAUCAAGAUAUGUACAGACCAAAGUUGAUCAGCAGUCCCAUUGUUAAAACAUAUCUAAAAGCGUGUAAUUAUGAAUUCAUAUUGUAGAGCCAAGUGAAAAACUAUUGCAUGGUUUGCAUUUGGCUUGCUGUCAUGUUGGUAAGAUAGAAUUGUAUUAUUUUAUUUAUUUAUUUUAAUGUAUGAUGUCUUUUUUUAUUUUUAUUUUGCCUCCCAUGCUUCUCUUUCAUAGUUUACUUUGGUCACAAGUGCUUAUGUGCACAUCAAUAUGCUGACAUUAGUCUCGCGCAUGUAGUACAUAUGUCUGCUCAGGAGGAUACAGCUUGUGUGAUUUCUAAGAUAUGCUUACGUUCUCCCCCAUACCUUCCCUCCCGUUUCUCAGAAAUUACCAUUCAUUUUCCAGACUUACAGUCUUCAUAAUCUCGAGGCUCAUUGUGACAAACUGUGGUUGUCAGUUAGAUUGCCAGGAAGGAAAACAAAGAGGUAGAGUUUUGCUGUCAUGUAAUUCAGUCCAGCUGAGCAGUGUAGAAGAAAGCAGAAUUAUGGCCUUGUGACAGUGAAAGACUACAGUGCAACUCAGUAUUGAGCUAUUGUCCACUGUUUGACCACUAAAGGAAACCAAAUCUCGAAAGCAACAGGAGAAAGAUAAACUUGCUUAAAAUUCAUUUUCCCUUUGAAGUGGAUGGAAAUGCUGUUGGCUUUUAUUUUUUUUUUCUUUUGUAUAUUACUAGUUGCCAUUUAAAAAAAAAUUGUGCCAAUUUUAAAGUAUCUAUGUUUGUAAAACCCAACAUUCCCGAGUGUUGUAUAAACUAUUGGAAGUAAUAACAAGCAUUGCCAGUUUUAAAUUUUUAGCUAAGUGUCCAUAGAAUAGACUCUCAGGCAGUUAUUUGUUCUUUUACGGGCAAAACUGACAAUAUAGUCUUCACCUAUUGCCUUUUAGGUUUAAUAAUAUGUUCAUGGCUGUGUAUUCUGAUGCAUAUGUACCUUGAUUUUGGAAAUAUAACCAUUCUAAACUAUCUGAGAAGAAAAAAAGAAGUUACACAGCUGUAUGCUAACUAAUUAAUUCUUUUAUAGAGGAAAAAAGAAGUUGCACAUUUGUUGAUUCACUUUUUGUGCCACUUCCAAAUGGGUACAGUGUCUGUACAGCGAAUACGCAAUUGAUACAUAUCAGGCUGUGUGUCUGCUAUUGGAUCUUAUUCUGGGAUGGGGACAAUGAUGUUAAAAAUGGCAAAUCGCAAAAAGUAAUGAUUGUUGAUCUGGUCAGACACAUUUCCCAGAACUACAUAUGAGAGGAGCCCACUGACGGGUCCUAGCAAGGUAAAUGUUAGAUUGAUCAUGUUCUGUUGUUUGCUCCUUUGAAUUCAGCUCUAAAGAAAUUCUGGUACGUUGUGAAGCAGGAAAUGAAAGAAUUAUACUUUUCUUGUGCAUUUUGUUUUUUGUUUUUUUUUUUUUUUCUUUAGAAGUCUAAAUUAAUCCUAUGGACUUAAAUCCAGCAAAGUAUUGUGAAUGUGCAUGACUAUAAACAUGUUUUCAUUAUUUUGCUGGAUCAGCAUUGUGUUUUCGAUGUUAUUUAAUACUGCCUAAUAUUAAAACAAAUUUUAAACUGGCAAUUAAGAAAAAGAUGUUCAUUUUGAAGAAUUUAGUAUAAUUUAUCUGUUAGAUUAGGGAGGCCUUACAGACUGACUUCACUUAAAGAGGAUGUGUCACUUAUUGUCAGUGUGGUAUGGACUUUAUUUGCUUAAAUACCUUCAUUUGUAAAGUAUGUCUCACUUGAAAUUGCUUUGUAUACAUUUUGUAAAAAUAUUUAUAAAAUGUUUUGUAAAAAAAAAAAAGUAUAACAAAUUGCAGUUUAUUUUGUUAUGUUGGAUAAAUACUGUUAAAAGACACAAGUCAGUAAAUAUAUUGUUAAUCCAUGGAUAGGAAAUGUUUAGUUGGAGAUUACAGAUUGAAACAACCAUUGCAAUACAGCCAAAGAUUUGGGAAAAAUGCGUAUCUGUGAUUGUCUUGAUUUAACUAAGUUGAAUAUUUAUACUUCCAAAAAAGGAUUGCUCUCAGUUUUAAGUAAUAUGGUUACAAAAUAUUCUUACUUCUGUGCUUUUUAAAAUCAAUCUGUAUUAUAUGACAUUAUAUAGGCCAGCUCUUCGAAGUCUAUGAAACUUUUGAAUGUACACUACUGAGGUUUGGUUCAUAUGGCAUAGCAUGCAGCAUUACAUACAGCAAUACUCAUACCAGAAUAACAGGAUUGGCAGUGUUCCUGCUGUGCUGUCGUUACAAAUCUUCCCUUGAUGAGGUUGCUGAGAGAUGUUCUCCUCCUGUCUGUUCUCACAAAGUAGAGGCAUCAUCUUCCUGAUACCUGGGGGAGAUGGUAGAAGAAGAGUUUGUGUUUGUCAGCCAGUUAUCUCAUUCAUGUUGGCAGUGUUUCCCACUUCUUUCUUUUGGCUGUGAGAAGAAGAUAUGUUAAUUGCUGAUGAUGUAAUUUCCUGCUUUUAGAAGGGUAAUGACUUCUUACUGUGAUUGAAUUUUUCAGAAGAUGUGCUGAGAUUCUGAUCUAGUAAAGCUCUUAUGCUUGGAACUUCAUCACUUUAUAUUUGGAGGCUAUGAAAAUGAAGGACUGGUGAAGUACACCACCUCUCGUCGUGGAUUAGGGCCUGCCACGUUGCAAGGUAGAAGUCUUUAUGGUUAAGUUAUUUUGUCAGCAAGACAAAAUAAACUUGCAUUUUGAAAGCUUCUCACAUAGAUUCAGUCAGUAACAAAAUGAAUAAACUCAACCAUAUGUUAUUUUAAUCUGUAUUUGGGUUAGGAUGGCUAAAUGUGUUGUAAUUUCUUUUUUUCUCUCUGGCAUAUCCACAUAAAAUUAUGAGGCAGACCUUUUGGGUUGUGAGACAUUGGAUGUACUAUGCAGUUCAUGGUCACUUCAGAUGAUCUUUUUGUUACAAGAGCAUGGUGUAUUUUAAGUUGCUUUUUAAUAAUGGUUUUUAGGGUGAGGGGAUUAGCAACCUGUGUUUAUUCCUUCCUUCAAGGUGGGAAUUUCUGAAGGUUCUUGAGCAUGCGAGAGAUAAUGUGUAGCUUAUAUAAGAAGUUUUAAAAGAAGUAUCUAAUAACUAUUUGCAACAGCUAAACAAGCAAGCUUGAGCAAUCUUCUUGUUCUAAGGUGGAAAAAGAUGAAGGAUACACAGUGAGAAGAAAGUUAUAAAAACAUCCCAUUGUAAUGCCAGGCAUAAAAAACUCUGGCUUCUUUCAGAUUUGGGAUAGCAUACAGUGUGUUGGGGAUAAAUAUGUAACAAAUAGAGAAGCUAGUUCAGAAUGUAAGGCUCUUCCCUAGUGUUCUCUUAGCAUAAUGUGUAGCUAGCUUUUGUUGAGCUGUGUGCCAUGAUCUGCAGCUUAUCAGCUCUCUGGAAUGUCAUGCUCUGUCUUCACUACUGCUUUUGUACUGCAGGAGUGUACUCCAUUUUUCUUUUUUUCUUCUUUUUUUUCUUAUGAAUGUGUAGAAAAUGAAACAUUCCCAUUUGAGGUAAAUUGUAACUGUGUUAAUUGAAUGGAAUGACAGCAAUUUUGGAAUUCGGUGGUUUGAAGAGGAAGCUAAGUUAGUCCAUGCAGAUGCAUCCAAAUAGCUUUCAGUACUUAAGCUAGCUUUUAUGUCUGCAGAGCUUUUCAUUGCAUAAUGCAGUCAUGCUGGGGGCCAAAUUUUCAGAACUGUGCUGAACUCUUGGUUGUAUGAGUUGUCACUCAUUUGUCAAUAUUACAGCCUGUUCAGAUAAUGAUGUUUCAUUCCAUUUAUUCCAGUUUUGUCCACACGCAGCUCAGCUGCCUCUGGACAGAUGCGGUGCAGACCUCUGACGUUGCCUUUCUAGAAAUCUGGUGCUUAGGGCCUUAUCCACAGUCUGUCGAAAUGGGUGGAAGAAAGCUUUUCAGUCAGGGACUGUGAUGGUAAUUCUUCUUUAACCAUGUUAAAAUAGUUCAAAUUGCUGAAUCAUUAACUAUAAGUGGAGAAGCAUAGGUUGAACUAAUUAAAACAACACGUGCCGUUCUUGA